CAUUCCAUUUAUUUGUCUCGUAUUUGACAAUCGGCGGCUUUUUUCUACGUGUCAGAAUAUCAAAUAUUUUAUCGGUAUACGUGUAGUUAGCUCAAUAAUAUUUUGUUAUAUUAACAAUAUCAAUUGAAAUGCACACCGUAUUAACUCGUGGUAAUGCCACUGUUGCAUAUUCCUUGAGCGUUUUGGCCUGCCUAACAUUUUGCUGUUUUCUCUCAACCGUCUUUCUGGAUAGCAGGACUACUGCACACGUAAACACUGUAAAGGUACUUGUUAAAAAUGUACCCGACUACGGUUCCUCACGCGAGAAACAUGAUUUAGGUUUCAUUACCUUCGAUUUAGAGACAAAUCUAACUAGCCUCUUCAAUUGGAAUGUUAAACAAUUGUUCCUCUACUUGACCGCUGAGUAUAAGACACAGGAUAAUGUCUUGAAUCAAGUUGUGCUAUGGGAUAAAAUAAUUUUGCGUGGUGAAAAAUCUUCAUUAGAUUUUAAGAAUAUGAAUACCAAAUAUUACUUCUGGGACGAUGGCAAUGGAUUGAAGAACAACAAAAAUGUUUCACUAUACCUAUCAUGGAAUAUAAUACCAAAUGCAGGCUUGUUGCCCACCGUCAGAUCACUUGGAUCUCAUAUAUUUAAAUUCCCAACUGAAUAUUCGGUUGCUCCAGUGUAAUGAAAUGUCUUCGUAGAAACAUUGAGAGUUAUCAUCGAUUUAAAAAUAUAAAAUAUUUAAAACAAACAAACAAAUUAGAUUUAUGUCAAGUUUGCAAAUAUUGUAAUUUGGAUAAAAGUAAAUAAAUUAUAACAUAUAGUA